AUGCCUACGGUCGACGAUGGCUUCGAAGCUCUCCUAGAGCCAUUCUACAAUGGCAAGAAGCUCACAGAUCCCAUUUCUACAAAGGAAGACAAGUUCCAGCUCUUGCCCGCCUUCCUCAAAGUCAAGGGUCUUGUCAAGCAGCACAUUGACUCAUACAACUUCUUCGUCGAGCAGGAGAUCAAAGACAUUGUACGCGCCAACCGAACGAUCAGAAGUGAAGUAGACAGCAACUUUUGGCUAGAGUUCACAGACAUUCGAGUCGACAAGCCCCGGCGUCAAGAUUGGCAAGAUGCAAAAUCACACACCGAAGUCACUCCCAUGGAGUGUCGCCUACGAGAUAUGACAUAUGCUGCACCAAUUUCCGUCGACAUUCAAUACAUCCGAGACAAGCAGAGGAUCGUACGUAAGAAUGUGCCCCUCGGACGCAUGCCAGUCAUGCUCAAGAGUUCCAUAUGCCGCCUUUUCGAAGCGAACAAUACACAGAUGGAGGAGAUGAAUGAAUGCCCGCUUGAUCCUGGUGGUUAUUUCAUUAUUGGUGGAACAGAGAAAGUCAUUCUCAUCCAGGAGCAGCUGAGCAAGAACCGUAUCAUUGUCGAAGCAGACGAGAAGAACAACAUUAUUUCCGCCUCGGUCACCAGUUCGACACACGAGCGAAAAUCGAAAACCUACGUUACGCUGAAAAAGGACAGGAUUCUCCUCACACACAACGUUUUGGUUGAGGGGAUUCCUAUUGUUAUCAUCUUGAAGGCGCUGGGUGGAUUGUCAGACAUGGAAAUCAUGCAGCUCGUGGCAGGAUCCGAUGGACGAUACCAGGACGAAUUCCUUGUAAACUUUGACGAAGCCACCAAGGUCGGUGUUUUCACCCAGCACCAAGCCUUGGAGUACAUCGGAGCCAGAGUCAAGAUGGCACCUCGCAGAGGAAUCUUUGGUCCUCAGGUUCGCCGUAACCACGUCGAAGAAGGGCUUGAUGCUCUGGCUAACCUGGUUAUUGCUCACGUACCCAUCGAAGGACUCGAUUUCUAUCCAAAGGCUAUCUAUGUGGCUAUGAUGACCCGAAGGGUUCUUAUUGCUGCUCACAACCCUAAGCUCGUGGAUGACCGAGAUUUCGUGGGAAACAAGCGACUUGAGCUUGCUGGUCAACUUCUCUCACUUUUGUUCGAAGAUUUGUUCAAGCAAUUCACCACCAACGUGAAGAUGUCGAUCGAUAAAUUUCUCAAGAAAAAUAAUAGGGCUGUCCCUCUCGAUGCUGUCAAUAUGAUUAGCAACCACGCGAACAACAUCGGUUACGGAAUCAAUCGCGCCAUUCAGACCGGAAACUGGAAUGUCAAACGUUUCAAUAUGAACCGAGCGGGUGUCACCCAUGUUCUGAGUCGACUCAGUUAUAUCGCUGCUCUUGGCAUGAUGACAAGAAUUAGCAGUCAGUUCGAAAAAACACGAAAGGUCUCCGGUCCUCGUGCGCUUCAACCAUCGCAAUGGGGUAUGCUCUGUACGUCAGAUACGCCUGAAGGUGAAGCCUGUGGUUUGGUAAAGAACUUGGCUCUGAUGACUCAUAUCACCACCAAUGUGGACGAAGAGCCUGUCAAAAGAUGGAUCUUCACACUUGAUGCUGGUGUCGAGCCUAUCCGCAACUUCUCUGGUGCUGAGAUGCAUCGGGAGGGGAGCUACAUCAUCCAUGUGAAUGGUACACCGUUCGCGUUGACUCGAUAUCCAAAACGAUUUGCUCAAAAGUUCAGAACGAUGCGUCGAAGAGGAUGGAUCUCUCCCUUUGUUGGUAUUAACAUCAAUACCCACUUCAACGCCGUUCAUAUUGCUACCGAUGAAGGACGAAUUUGCCGACCUUAUAUCAUUGUUAAGAACGGUAAGCAGAAGCUUAAGCCCGAGCAUUUGCGACUACUUCAGAUGGGUAAGGCCACUUUCGACGACUUCCUGAACCGAGGAAUUGUCGAGUACCUUGAUGUGAACGAGGAGAACGACGCACUCAUCACCAUUUAUGAACACCAAGUGACUCAGAGUACCACUCACUUGGAAAUCGAGCCAUUUACUGUCCUCGGAGCCGUUGCAGGAUUGAUUCCUUUCCCUCACCAUAACCAAUCGCCUCGAAACACCUACCAAUGUGCUAUGGGUAAACAGGCUAUUGGAGCCAUCGCCUAUAACCAGUUUAACCGUAUCGAUACUCUGCUAUAUACUCUCGUCUAUCCUCAACGACCUAUGGUUAUUUCCAAGACGAUUCAACUUAUUGGCUACGACAAGCUUCCCGCAGGUCAAAACGCCACUGUUGUUGUCAUGUCAUACUCAGGAUACGAUAUUGAAGAUGCUUUGGUCCUGAAUAAGGCGUCAAUCGACAGAGGUUUUGGCCGAUGUCAAGUUUUCAGAAAAUACACUACGGAACUGCAGAAAUACCCCAACGGACGCAGAGAACGUAUCGGAGAUCCUGAGAACGAAGGCGAAGGCAAGAUCAAACGUCGCAUCGCUAAGCACGAGGCUCUAGACGACGACGGCCUGGCAAUUGUUGGUUAUAAGGUGAACAGCGGCGAAGCUAUGGUCAAGAAGGAGACGCCACUCGAUCAAACAAGCACUGGUAUUGGACUGGACCGCGGACCCGGCGAGUUCCGCGACUCGUCCGUCUCUUACCGAAUCGCAGAUCCCGCGUACAUCGACAAGGUUAUGAUCUCUCAAACUGAGAAGGAUACUACGGUCAUCAAGGUCCAGACCAGACAGACUCGACGACCCGAGCUGGGAGACAAGUUCUCGUCUCGUCACGGUCAGAAGGGUGUUGUGGGUAUUAUUGUAGAGCAGGAAGACUUGCCCUUCUCGGACAGCGGGUUGAGCCCUGACAUUAUUAUGAACCCUCACGGUUUCCCCUCCCGAAUGACUGUCGGCAAGCUGCUCGAGUGUCUUACAGGAAAAGCUUCUAUUGUUCACGGUCGACCUGAUUAUGGCUUCGGUGAUGCUUUCCGCUCUCACCCACUGGAGGAGAUGAGUCAAGUGCUGGUCGACCAUGGAUUCUCAUGGGAAGGCAAGGAUUACUUCACAUCCGGUAUCACUGGAGAACCGUUAGAAGCUUAUGUCUUUAAUGGGCCCAUCUAUUACCAGCGACUUAAGCACAUGGUGCAGGACAAGAUGCAUUCUCGAUCUCGAGGUCCACGAGCUAUCUUGACGCGUCAGCCUACAGAAGGUCGUUCGCGAGACGGUGGUUUGCGUCUGGGAGAAAUGGAACGUGAUUGUCUGAUCGCCUACGGUGCUUCUCAACUUCUGCUGGAACGACUUAUGAUCAGCUCGGAUGGUACCGAGAUUGACAUUUGCCAGCAAUGUGGUUUGUUCGGAUACAAGGGUUACUGUCACACAUGCAAGAGCACCAGGGAGGUUACCAAGAUGACGAUGCCGUACGCAGCGAAGCUGCUUGUGCAGGAGCUUAUCAGUAUGAACGUUGGUGUACGACUCCAGAUGGAUGACGAGUUUCCCCAUCCCAGGUAA